AUCUGUGAAAUGUGGUGGUUGGACUAGAUGACCUCUUAAGAUCCUUCCAGUUCUAAAUCAGUGAUCUUAAAUUGUAACGGCAGGGAUUCAGAUGAAAGUCUGACUCCCAAUCUAGUGCUCUUGCCACCACUCCUCAUAAUAGCAUUGAAUUUUAGGAUAGAAUUCCUAUGAUAUUGCCAUUGGGAAUAUCAUUCCAUUCAAAUGAAAUUUCCAAAGAACUUGACUACUCCCCACCAGAGGGUUUGCAUCUAAGAGUCAAGACACCAAAGGGUGUAUGCAAUUAAAUAAUUUUAAGGAAUGCUGCCCACAUGUGUGAGCAGGUAGAGGGGAAGAGACUCCUCACCUAGGGAAGUGGCAUUCAGAGCAAUCCUGCAGGGGCUGUUGACCCAGCCUCUCCCUGCCUUCCAGGAAGUGCCUGCUGCAUUGAUGGUGAAGGCCAGUCCUGGCCAGUGGGUGCUAUCUCCCCAUAGGUGAAGGAAGUUUCUUGGGCUGCUUGUGACCCAGGUUACCCUUGGCCAUGCAGAAUAAGCCCCACUCCACUGGAGCACCAACCCAGGAGGCCUUUCUCUGAAGAAGAGGGAUAGCCUCUGUCCCUGGAGUAAAUGUCCUGGGGUCAGCUCCUCCAGGCCCCACGUGUGACCACACUGUGAGAGAAUCCCCCCAUCUAGUGUCCUGUGUUCUCAGGAAUUCCCUAAGAUGUGGCAUUCCUCUAGAGUAGAAGCUGUUUGUUAUCUUGGAACCAGGUUCCCAGACACUGACAUUUGCUCCUAAAGUCAGAUGGGAAUAUGAGUGGGAUGGGGGAGGGGGGUUGUCCUUUCUCCCAGGCCCUAUUCAUUCCCCUCAGACCUUAUUUGCCUUCAUUGCUUAUACUGACCAUCAUCUAUAGUCAUUGUGAUUUGGUUCAGAGCAGAAUGUUCUAGAUCAGUAGCUGUGUGUCUGUUUUCUUUGAAAUUGAAAUCCUGCAGUAAAGGGACUUUGUUCUAUUGAAUAGUACCUGUUUUAUCUAAAUUAAAAGAAAUACCCUGCCCAGGGAAGCCAUUGCCCCUGCCUGGAUAGAAGUAAGUUCAUGGUAAAAGAAUGGGGCUCUGGAAUAGGAUUCAAAACAUGGGGCAGUUGCUAUUAUUUAGCAUUUAUUAAGCACCCACAGAGUACCCACAUGCUCAAAGAAAGCACAGGCCUAGUUUUCAAGUCUUAUAUGCUAAAAUUAGACAGAAGAGAGACCUGCCCCUUUUCUCCCCCGACCCCACAUACCAAGUAAAACUGGAGAAGGAGAGGCUGUGAGAAGGAGAGACAGACACAAAGGAAAAGUUAGGGUAAAGAAGGAGUUAUUUUAAUUUUCCAUUUAUCUGGGCUUCUUCCAAAUAGAAUGAAGCUAAAAGAUAGCUCUCCUGGGGUUGCUGCUUAUCUCCUCCACCUAAGAGUUUGGUGACAGAUACUGCCCCAGUUAGGAGGCCUUACUCAGUCAUGCCACCAUUUCACCCUCUGUCUCUUUCUCUCUGUUUCUCCCCCCACCUGUCUUUCUGUCUGUCUCUGACUCUUCCCCCCUCCACCUGUCUCUGUCUCUUUCUCUCUCUCUGUCCCCACCUUUCCCCCCUUCUCUCACUCUCUCACACCCUUGAUGGCCACUGAGCCCUUGCUGUGACUAUAACAAAUAGAACAAACCUCUUCCUCCAUGAUCUCAAGAUAGAUGAGUUUCUACCAAAUAAUAAAUAAAUAAAUAAAUCAGAUUUGGUUUUCAGUUCCAUUAUUGGCUUGUUGGUCUCUUUAGAGUAAGUUACUUAUUUUUCAGUGGCUCAGUUUCCCCAUCCAUAAACCUUAAAGAGUGCUGUGUCAUCUCUUCAGCUGAACAGGUUAGCAAAAUGCUUUGAGUUUCUCAGAAGAAAGGCAUUUCAAAGGACUACCAAGCAUUAUUAUAUAACAUAAAGAAGUCAGGAUUGAAAUGAGUCAGCAGAGGACAUCAAACAAGCAUGGAUGCUGGAUAUUAAUAAAUAGUAUUAAUACAUGCAGGGUCUAUGACUCAACCUGCCCAUUAUACUCAGCAUGGGGCAGACCUCACCAAAGUACUAUAUGCAGUCUGUAGUUCAUUAAGACAGAUUUGGAAAAUUUGGCAAAGAUUCUUAAAGAACUCCCUCGUCCCUCCCACCCUCAUUCCUUGCCCUCCUACAUGCAAAGAAUUUAAAGGUUGAACAGGGAUACCUAUAUACAGGGUACAAGAAACUAUAAUUACUCAAUCUGUCAGAAAAAUUACUUUGGUAACAAUUGAAGUAUAUGAAGUAGUUCCUGGACCAGUUUUUUUUAAACUUUCUUGAGUAUCAUUUUCCUCAUGUAAAAUAAGAACUAAAUAAUCUCUUAAUCACCUCCAGCUCAUACAUCCUAUUAUUCUGUAGUUUUCAGCACACAAAAAGGUAAAUAACUAGUUUUUAUUCUACUGUUAAUAGCUUAAGAGGAAUAGAGGUUAAAUUGCAGCAAAGUAUAGGGUUAACUUAACUCCAAGGACGAGUACCCAAUAUGGCGUUGGGACGCCGAAAGAGGUUACACUGUCUCCUUUGCUGAGCCUUUUUUUUUUUAAUGGAGUAGGUACUUCGUGAAAUCAUUGGUCAAAUGUCCUGCACUGCCCAGCUUGUGUACUGUGGAGUGCUUGUGUUCUGCAUGAUGUGAACAUCAGUUCCCAUGGAUUAAAUUAUCAUCUCUGUGCAGAUACUUUCCAUAACUAUAUCCAGGUCUAGUCUCCCUUCUGAGCUCCAUCUCCACAUGAGCAGCUUCUAUUUCAAGUCUGCCAUUUCAUAAGUACCUCAAACUCAACAUGUCUUAAACAGAGCCCAUUAUUUUUCCUCCCAAACCCUCUCUGCUUCCACACUUCUCUGUUUCUCUCCAGGCCACCACCCUUCCACUUAGCUAGGAAUCCUUCUUAGCCCUUCCUCUUGCCAAUCAUUCCCCUUCAAUCUGCCAUGCAGUACUCGCUCUCUUCCCCUCUUGGGUUUUAGGAUCCCUUGUUUCCUUCAGACCAAAUCUUAAUCUCCUGUGGGAAGCCUUUCCUGAUCUUUCCAACUACUCGUGUCUGCCCCCUCCCCCAAAUUACUUUGCAAAUUUACUUGGUUUGUCUUUUGUAUAUUCUCAUAUGCCUUUGUGUCUCUUUCCCUCUAUAACUGGGACAACUCAAACGGUUCAUGUCAGUCUGGCAAAGGCUUUGGAUCCCUUCUCCAAAUAAUGUUUUUCAAUGCACAAAAUGAAGUACUUAGGAUUAUAAAAGAAACAUUAUAAUGAAACAUAGUUAUCAAAAUGUUAUAAAAAAUAAGGUCAUGGACCCCAGAUUAAGAACCCCUACUCUACUAAGUGUCAGCUUCUUGAAAGCAGGUCCAGAGAGAUAUGAUGAAAAAGUCACACAGCUGUAUAGUGGAGACAGGAUUAGAACCCAGAACUUGCUUCAUCUGGAAUAAUUUCACUGUGAUAUUCUCUGAAGGGAGGGGGUGACCUUUUAAAGCCUCUUCUGGCCCUAAUAUAAUUUUGAUCUGAUGAUGUCUUUUAUCACUUGGGGAAAACCACCAACUAAUCCUCAAAACAAUUAGGAUUUCUUCUUUGAAGGCUUAUUUAAGAAACCUUGCCUUAGAUUAGGGUCAAAUGAAAUUUCACUUUUCUAAUAGGCAGCAUGUUUAGUCAGGGAUGCCUGGGAUCAAAUUCUGCCUCAAUUAUAAGUAAAUUAGGUGGGGGCAGCUGGAUGGCUCAGUGGAUUAAGAGCUAGACCUAGAGUUAGGAGGUCUUGGGUUCAAAUCUGACCGCAGACACUUCCUAGUUGGGUGAUCCUGGACAAGUCACUUGACCCCCCCCAUUGCCGCUCUUCUGCCUUGGAACCAUUACACAAUAUUAAUUCUAAUACAGAAGGUAAGGGUUGAAAAAAAAGCAAAUUAGGUGAACAUAAAGUAGUAUACCUGUCAGAUCUAUGGGGAAGGGAAGAAUUUAAGACCAAGCAAAGGAUAGAGAACAUUGCAAGAUGUAAAAUAAAUAAUUUUGAUUAUGCUAAAUCAAAUUCUGCCUCAAAUACUUACUAGCUGUGUGACUUCUAAGCCACAUAUUCUUCAAUUGUAAAAUGAAGGGAUUGUUCUCAUUGACCUCUAUGAUGCUAUGAUCUUUUGAGGUGACAUAUAUGAAAACAAGAUACCUAUACAAGUGUCAGGUAAUGUCAUUAUUAAGUUGAAAUCUAUCCCACUUUUCCACUCUUUCAAAGUUAUCUGCCACCAGAAGGGUCAUGUGAUGAAUCUAGUGUCAGGGAUCAAAUGAAGGAGUACCUUUAAUUUGGGGGGAGGGGGAGGUUUUUUUUUAAUUAGAGGAGGAAUUCAAAUUAGAAUUAAUUAAUAUUCUAAAAAAUUACCAAUUUAGACACAAUAGGAAAAUCAUAAAGAAUUUCUAAACAAAUACCAAUAGAUUUCCUACAUUAGAAAACAAAAUUGCAUAAAAUAGAAUGCAGAUAGAAAUAGAGGCUUAGAAAGACCUACAUGAACUGACAGCAAUAUUGUGGAAUGGUCAAAUGUGAAAGAUUUAGCUAUUAUCUGCAUUAUAAGGAUCCAGGACCACUUUGAGAAACUUAUGAGCAAGAAUGCCCUCUACCUCCAGAAAAAGAACUGUUGGAGAUUGAAUGCAAAUGAAAGCACACAUUUUUUCACUUGUUUACUUGGGUAUAUGUUUAAGAGUUUUGGUUUUUUAAGAUUAUUCACUUAUAAAAAUGAACACUAUGGAAAUAUGUUUUGCGUGAUAAGUUUGUGUGGUAAAAGUUUGCGUGAAAAGUUCAAAUUGCUUGCCAGCUCUGGGAGAAGGAGGGAAGAAGACAAUUUGGAUCAUAUAACUUUGGUAAACUUAUGUGGAAAUUUGUUAUGGCACAUAAUUAGUGAAAUAAAAUUUAAAAAUAAAUAAAAAGAAAGUUCAAAAAAGAAAAAAUAAUAAAGCUUUAUAUUUCUAAUCCAAAAAGAAAAAAGAAAUCAAGGCUUGGAGGUAGGGGGAUUACAGAAUUAGCCAAAGACCUAGAAAACACAGGUUUAAGAGACAUGGCACAAAAAUCGCAGGGGGAGCACCUUUAAUUUUGCCAUUAGACAUUGCAUUGAUGUUUAAGACCCCUACUAGGUAGGCCUACUCUCUGAACUCCAUUUCAGAGAAAGCAGUAAUAUAUUCUUUUUCAGUAACACAUUCCACUAUUGGGUAGAGACAAAUUGCUAUACCCGUUCUUUCUCAGGUUAAUCAUAUCCCUUGGUUGGGUGGGUUGAAAGGGAGCUACAAAAAUCCCUAAGUAACCACUUCAGCUGUGAUAUCUACUCAAGACAGAAGGAACCCCCAGCAAGCUUACCAGCCAUACAAGAGCCAAGGUGGCAAAUUCCUUGUGACUUGAAAUAAAUCCAAGCACAGUGACAAAGGGCUUUGGCCAUGGAAUUCUCAAGAGUCAUGAUAUAUCCAGGCUCUGGGAGACUUGCCUAUGAUGAUUUAAAAGAUACAAAGAUUUUACCUGAAGAGGAAUGAUUCAAGAGUAAUUACAUGUGCCAAAAGAAGCUCAUAAUCGAGCAGGUCCAAAGUUUGGAUUUUUUACAGCCUCGUAAGAAAGACGCUUGCAAGAGGGGAUAUCACAGCGUUUCCAGUCUCAGAGAAAAAUAUGGAAUGUGUUUUACUGCUGACUGAACACAACCAAACAAACUGUACAGACAAUAGUUUGAGAACCAGCAGUUAGCAGUUUGCUCAGGCUCUUACACUCUCCAGCACUUUCCAGAGCAAAAUCUCUGUUUACAAGAACUCUACCUUACAAGGUUUUUACAAAACCUCAAGCGUGGUUUAUUUAAGUAUUUCUACAAAAGGAAGUCUCCUGCAGUCUACUUGCAAAAAUGGCUAUGGAUGAUUACUUGUGGAUGGUCAUUCUGGGCUUUAUCAUAGCCUUUAUCUUGGCAUUUUCUGUUGGUGCAAAUGAUGUGGCCAAUUCCUUUGGCACAGCCGUGGGCUCUGGUGUGGUGACCCUGAGGCAAGCUUGCAUUUUGGCAUCAAUAUUUGAAACCACGGGCUCGGUAUUGUUAGGAGCAAAAGUGGGAGAGACUAUUCGAAAAGGUAUCAUUGACGUGAACCUAUACAAUGAGACAGUGGAGACGCUGAUGGCCGGGGAAGUUAGCGCCAUGGUUGGUUCUGCUGUUUGGCAGCUGAUAGCAUCAUUCUUGAGACUUCCAAUCUCAGGAACUCAUUGCAUUGUGGGUUCUACCAUAGGAUUUUCACUUGUUGCAAUUGGCACAAAAGGUGUACAGUGGAUGGAGCUUGUCAAGAUUGUUGCUUCUUGGUUUAUAUCUCCACUGUUGUCUGGUUUCAUGUCUGGCGUGCUGUUUGUGCUGAUCAGAAUUUUCAUCCUAAAAAAGGAGGACCCAGUCCCCAAUGGUCUCCGUGCACUUCCACUGUUCUAUGCUGCUACCAUAGCAAUUAAUGUCUUUUCCAUCAUGUACACAGGGGCACCAGUAUUGGGUUUGAGUCUUCCAAUGUGGGCUAUAGCUCUCAUUUCAUUUGGCGUUGCUAUUGUAUUUGCUAUUUUUGUGUGGUUGGUUGUCUGUCCAUGGAUGAAGAGAAAAAUAGCAGGAAAAUUAAAGAAAGAGGGUGCCCUAUCAAGAAUAUCUAAUGAAAGUCUCCAUAAAAUCCAAGAAACGGAGUCCCCAGUAUUUAAGGAGCUCCCAGGUGCCAAGGCAAAUGAUGAUACCACCAUUCCCCUCACCGGUUCAGCCCCCGAAGCCCCUGGAGGGUCAGAGAGCACCGUAAAUGGAAGCCACUCACGUGUCCCCUAUGGAAGGGCCCUUUCCAUGACGCACGGUUCAGUGAAGUCCCCGGUGUCCAACGGCACUUUCGGUUUUGACAGCCAGAUGAGAAGCGACGGCCAUGUCUAUCACACCGUGCACAAAGACUCGGGCCUCUAUAAGGACUUGCUACACAAAAUCCAUCUUGACCGGGGGCCUGACGAGAAGCCCUUGCAAGAGAGCAAUUACAAGCUGCUCCGGCGCAACAACAGCUACACCUGCUACACGGCGGCCAUCUGCGGGAUGCCUGUGCACUCGGCCUUUAAGGCGGCUGAAGCGUCCUCGGCGCCCGAAGACAGCGAGAAGCUGGUGAGCGACGCCGUCUCCUACUCCAAGAAGAGGCUUCGCUAUGACAGCUACUCCAGCUACUGCAACGCUGUGGCCGAGGCUGAGAUAGAGGCAGAGGAAGGUGGUGUGGAGAUGAGGCUGGCAUCUGAGCUAGGCGACCCUGGCCAGCCUAUGGAGGACCCCGGGGAAGAGGAGAAGGAGGAGAAGGACACGGCUGAGGUGCACCUCCUCUUCCACUUCCUGCAGGUCCUCACCGCCUGCUUCGGCUCCUUUGCGCAUGGCGGCAACGACGUGAGUAAUGCGAUUGGCCCUCUGGUAGCUUUGUGGCUUAUUUACCAACACAAAGGAGUAAUGCAGGAAGCAGCUACUCCUGUCUGGUUGCUGUUUUAUGGAGGAGUCGGUAUUUGUGCAGGUCUCUGGGUUUGGGGGAGAAGAGUUAUCCAGACGAUGGGGAAAGACCUCACACCUAUCACACCAUCCAGUGGUUUUUGCAUUGAAGUAAUGUCUGCGCUAACCGUGAUAGUAGCCUCAAAUGGGGGCAUUCCAAUCAGCUCCACCCACUGCAAGGUUGGCUCAGUGGUAGCAGUGGGCUGGAUCCGUUCCCGAAAGGCCGUCGACUGGCAUCUCUUCCGGAACAUCUUCGUGGCCUGGUUUGUGACUGUCCCGGUGGCCGGCUUAUUCAGCGCCGCCGUGAUGGCCAUCCUGAUGUACGGCAUCCUGCCGUACGUGUGAUGUGGCUCCAGAGAUCAAUAGAUUUAUCCAUAAAGGGAGAGCCCGAUGUGUGUCUGGGUGUGACAUGGUGUGACUGGCUCUUCAAGGCACACCCAUGGAACACACAUCUACAGCACGCACAUAUAUGCUCACUAAGCCACCAGCUUCACGAGACGGGGACCCCACUCCCCACACAGUCCACCCGAGCGCCAGGAUCCCAGCUUCCAUCGUCUAACUUAACUACUGUCCAUAACAACGUGUACCCAAUUGGUGACAUAACAUGUGAUGCUGUUACUUAUAUAUUAAAUAUAUACUAUAUACAUAGAGUAGGAAGCACUACUGCAAAUAUAUUCAAAGUUGGGGUGGAGAGAAUUGCCUAGAAUUAUCCAAUAAAUCUUUGUAUAUAAUUAUUUCAGUGGCGGUUUCUAAAGGCCUUUUAAAGGCAACUGUAGAUUGGGAAAUGCUUUUUUUUUUCAUUUGCUAUUCUGUAAGAUAAAUGAGGUACAGGCUAUAUAACAAAUUUGGAAACACUGUAUGUAGGUCUGUAAUGGUCUCUGUGCUAUGGAAAUAAUACUGGAACAAAAGUUCACAAGUGCUUUCAUGAAAUAAUUUGUCCAUACUGUAUUGAUUAUUGUGUAAUAUAUUGUAAUUGCUUUUGUAAAUACUUAAAACUGUAACUUUUUAAUGGUGCAUUUCCCUUAUACAUUUUGGAUCAGAAAGUUUUAGAAAGUACCAAAGAAGCAGGGGAGUAUUUUGCCAGUAUUACAUUUUCACACUAUAUUUAUCUCCUCCUUCCUUGUCUCCACUGUUAAACUGAGAUGUGGCAAGACCGAUCACAUUUGAACCUGCUCCAGGGUAGUUUUUUAUGAUUGAUAUAACCAUCAUUCCCAUGAAGCACCUGCGAUCUCGCCCCCCCCCCCUUCUCUCCUUCCCUCCCUCCUUUCCUACAUCCCACGAAUCAGGGAGGUCUGGAGUGUACUAGAAUGCUGCGAUUCAUUACAGAGAACACCCAGACUUAAGGAAACGUGAUCAAAUGGUGUAGUGUCAGGUCUGCACAUCGAAUGAUCCCCUCCUUCUCCCUAUCCCUGUCACCUCAUCAAAGAAACUCCAGUCACAGACUGAAAUGUGUUAUGAAUUCUGUGAUGGGACAUCAUGGAGCUAUUCACUUACAAUUCAAGAAAGAAAUUCUGGGUUUGAUUUAGCUGACUGAAAUGGUCGCUGAUCAGAAAGUCCAUCCAGUUAGUGCUCGUAAUUGGGGGGUGGAGCUGAGGGUGCCAGCACUCUCGCCUGGCCCUUUGGCUGUUGUUUUUUGUUGGAGGGAGGGAGAAAGCUCCACUAAUGUUUAGGAGCCUGAGACUAUUGAAAUGCUGCUAAAAUUUUGAUAUUGACAGACAUUUUAUUGGUACUUCAUUGUGAUUUUUUCAUUAAUCAGCCAUAUUAAAUUUAUAAUAAAAAUGUCCCCUGAAA